AUGCUGGAAAUUAUCGGUGGACGACAAAUGGCUAACAUCUCAAAUGAACUUCAUAAUGAGGAACAAUUAAAAACAAUAGAGUAUGACUUAGCUGACACAAAAGAAACAGUCAUAGAAUCAUCUUCACCGACAAAACCGAAAAAGAAUAUAGCUCCAAAAAUUCCUAUUACAACCAGUGAGCCCCUUCACGUAGACACCACAACAACCUCAGAAGAAACAAUUGAAACAGGAGAUCGAACUGUUUUACGUGAUAAAAUACGUCAAACAAUCAAAAAGAUUCCCAGUCAACUAGCUCAAGACUAUCUUCAUAAUGUUCUCUCGAAAGAAUUCGAUAUCAUGCUUAUGGGCUCACCUAGAGUGGGUAAAAGUACAUUAAUUAACGGAAUGUUAAAGAAAAAUUUGGCAAAAACCAGUUCCGGUCUACAGCGUGAAACAACAGAAGUAGCUGCUUAUAGAUAUGAAGAAACGUAUGAGACGAACACGAAAAUUACGAAGUGCGUCAUCAAUAUUUGGGAUGCACCAGGCACCGAAGACUGGAGCGAAGUAAAUAUCCAUGACUAUAUGGAAAAGUUAGUUCGCGAACGAGACCCACUCUGUUUGAUCUAUUGUGCAUCACCUGGCUCCUACGGGAAACUGGGUCAUAUCAAAUGGUUGA